AUGUCUGCAGACUUAAUGUUCGAUUCCGAUAGUUCCCUAAGUCCCGCGAGUGCGGAAGUGAGGGAUCUGAUGGAAUUCGGUGUUGGUCACUGGAUGCUUGAUUAUUUAAGCGAUGGUGAAUCUACAGAUUGGACAGAUGAAGAAACAGACACAGAAGAUGAAAUACAGGAGUGUAUUGAUGUGGUUGAAGACCAGACCAACAAAGAAAGUUGUAGUGGAACGUUAAGUGAAGAAGAAGUAAAGGACUCAGAAGAUGUCAGCAAUGGUGUCGAGAUCAAGACAAAUGAUCCAGCCGUCGAGGAUCACAACGAUGAGCCAGCAAUCCUUGACAAUCCAAUAGAACAAGAUGUAAAGAAUAGAGAAGAAACCAGCAAUGGGAUCCAAGUUGAACCAAAUGAUCCAGCCGUUGAGGAUCAAAACGGCGAAAGAACAAUUAUUUACGAUCCAAUAGAACAACUCUUCCCUUCUGCCCACCGACAAUAUUUCCUAGGAUCUUACCUAUUCCAAAUGAUCAACACCCGCUACCCUUCCUUCAUCCACAGUAUCCUACAGUUCAAGCAUGUUUCUGAUCUCUGUACCCCUUUCCAUAGAACUACGACAUUCGAAUAUUCCUUUAUUGCCCGAUCCACUGGAAUUCCUUGCAUCUUAUAUCCACCAUGCCUCUUCCUUGUCCUAAUUCAAAUACCAACUCUACCAAUUCCUUCUCACAAUCCAAAAUGA